GUGUUGCUUGUGCUUCCCGUUAUUCGGAAACAGCCCGUAAUGCGCGUUUCAAACAUACCUGCCAGGUACCUAACCUAAUGUAAUGAACAUCUAUGACGACCAUGGAGACUCACCCCGUACCCGCUACUCGCAGCUUUGCAGUCAUCUUCGUCCUCGGACCUCCCGGUGGCGGAAAAGGGACUCUCUGUGCUCAUCUGGCGCAAACACAUAACUUGGCACACUACUCUGUUGGCGACGGUCUCCGCAGUUGGAUGCGCGAAAACCGUACCACGGAGCUUGCAGUCAGGAUACAAGACAAGCUAGACAACCAGGGAUUCCUUACCUCACAAGAUUUAAAUCCGUUUAUCUGCUGGGCAAUUAAAGAUGCUAUCAACCAACAAGAUAAACAAGAUCAGCCAAGACCCCAAGGCAUUCUGAUAGAUGGCUUUCCGAGGUGCAUAGAGCAACUAGAAUCCUUCAACGUAUGGCCGUUCCAGGAUGAACUGCCACUUGCCCCAAGCAGCGCCGGUUGGACGAGAGAGAACGCGAAACCGGAUGUUGUGCUACGCGUCGACGUUGCCAAGCAAAAUGCGAGGAUGCGGUAUCUAGCCCGGGCACGGGAUGGCAACGACAGCGAGGACAAGUUCGAGAGGCGUUUCGCUGAAUACGAGGCAGAAACCAUACCGGUUGAGGAAGUGUAUCGGCAACGCGGUAUCUUGAUUGAUGUUGAUGCGAAUGGGACGAAAGAGGAGAACGUUAAUAAGAUGACAGAGGCGCUUGACAAAAAUGCCUUAUGGCAGAAGAUUGUCCUUGAAGCAAGUAUAGAGCCACAUUUUAUUGUAUGACAGGUACAGGUUAUGAUGGAAGCGUUGCGAAUCGCGGGGGGUUUGGCGUUCAACACAAGGCCGAUUUGGUCGUAGCACAAACCAGAUACCAAUACCAAAUGGUACAUUGUCA